AUGGCGCCAUCGGUGUGCGGUGAGCCUCCGGGCCGGCUCGGGGAGCAAUAUCUCAGUCCAACUUCAGACGGAGACACCGUUUUCCCUGUAAUGCCUUUUUGCAAUGGGAAUGAAAGCAGGCCACAAAAGAAGAGAAUUGUGCUGCAGCCUGGCAAGGGUGUUAAACUGGAUGAUCUGAGUUCCAGUACUAAUAGAGUGACUCUAGAAGCGCUUAAAGGUGUUGGUUUUAAAGGAUUUAAUCUACAAGCUCGAGAAAUAGAAGGAGAUGUUCCUGUUGGUACUUUUAAAAUUACAGAUCCAAACACUAAAGGCUUGGGAUGUCAUAAUGUGACGAAUUCAGCAGUAAGUCAUGCAAAUUCAGAUGUGAAGCAGAAAGUUACAACAACAUGGAUCGCUCCACGUGAUGUCAGAGAUCUUCAAUUUAUUGCAACUGUUGUACAAGAUCUAGAGAAAUUUUGGGUUGGAAUUCAAAGCAAAACUCUCACACCUACGCAUUCUGAGUCAGUUAAUGGGACAGGAAAAAGUAAAAGGAGGCUUAUGAUAGAAGUGGAAUGUAGCAAGCGUGGAGGGACUUAUACACCACAAGGCCGAUGCAUCAUGGUUGGACCUUCUGGUUCCUCUCAGAGCAGCUCUUCAGGUAGUCAGAGAGGAGGAGUAGUCUACACAAUAAGCAGGAGUGGAUGUGGUCCUGGAGGUGCUGCUGAUGCAUAUAGCCAACACGCCUGCAGAGAUAGUGCAUCCUCAUCUGGUAGUGGUCUUACCUAUGGUCAGUCUGUCGCUUCAAGCAGUUCAGAUUCCAGUAAGAAGGUGGUGGUCAUUGCCAACAGCAACCCUUUUCCACCUGUGCGUCAUACCUACCCUCAGAGUUUGGGAAGUUCUGCUACUAGGAUCAUAAUACAGGGUGGACAAAGACAGCAAGGCAGCAGCAGCAGUAGUACUUAUGUUCAGGGCUCCCAAGGCAGCCAGUCCUAUGGCCAGGGCUACCAGCCUCAAGGUGGCAGUUCCUAUGGCCAGGGUGGGCCAGGUUACUCGGGCAGCAGCAGUUCUUAUGGCCAGGGCUCCCAAGGCAGCCAGUCCUAUGGCCAGGGCUACCAGCCUCAAGGUGGCAGUUCCUAUGGCCAGGGCUACCAGCCUCAAGGGAGCAGUUCCUAUGGCCAGGGCUCCCAAGGCAGCCAGUCCUAUGGCCAGGGUGGGCCAGGUUACUCGGGCAGCAGCAGUUCUUAUGGCCAGGGCUCCCAAGGCAGCCAGUCCUAUGGCCAGGGCUCCCAAGGCAGCCAGUCCUAUGGCCAGGGUGGAUCUGCUUCUUCAGGUGGCAGCAGUGGUUGUGGAAAAGGGGUUUCAUAUGAUAGCAAUCCCUGCCACCAGGGUGGAUCACAGGGUGGUCAGGGCGGAUCAUACUCCUCACAAAACUAUGGUGGUAGCCAAAGUGGAUCAUCAUACUCACAAAAUUAUGGUGGCAACAAGGGUGGAUCGUACUCCUCAGACACCUAUUAUGAUGGUCAGGAUUCACAAGAUUUCUCAGAUGAUAAUCCUAAUGCCUGUGAUGAUAAUGACACUACCUAUAGUGCCAACAGUCGGAGUUCUGGUUGUGCAAAGAAGAAAGUUGUUGCCAGAGAUACAUCACAUGUUUUGAGCAGAAGAGACUAUGAUGUCCAGAAUGAGUCUUCUACUUCAAAUAGCAGCCACACUAAUGUCCAGGGUGGAUCAUUUAUUGCAACUGGUGGUGGAUCAAAUAGUCAGGGUGGUUGCGUUUGUCCUGAUGGAAGCAGUGGCAAUAGACAGGGAGCCCCAGGUUCUUCACACAGCACAUACUCUGGUAACCAGGGAGGGCCUUUCUUCUAUCCUGGAGGAUCCUAUGGACAGGGAGCCCCAGGUUUUCCCCACAGCUCUUACUCUGGUAACCAGGGAGGAUCUUCCUUCUAUCCUGGUGAAUCUUACGGACAAGGAGCCCCAGGUUCUUCACACAGCACAUACUCUGGUAACCAGGGAGGGCCUUUCUUCUAUCCUGGAGGAUCCUAUGGACAGGAGGGCCCAGGUUCUUCCCACAGCUCUUACUCUGGUAACCAGGGAGGAUCUUCCUCCUAUCCUGGUGGAUCUUACGGACAGGGUGGGUCUUCUGUCUAUGACAGCAGCAGUGAGUCCUACGGUCAGGGUGGAUCUUCCACGCACAGUGGUGCUGGAUCUUCCACAUAUAGCAGUACUGGAGGUUAUGGUCAGGAUUCACCUUCCAUAGGAGGCAGUGAAGCUAAUGACAGUGAUUCCACGUCACCAUCUGGCAGCCGGCAGAGUGAACGGGAUUUUUAUUCCCCAGGAGGCAGCCAGUCAGGUGGACAUGGAUCAUCUUUUCAAAGUGGUGGUUACUCCAGUGGACAGGGUUCAACUUCCUCAGGAGGCAGCCAGUCUGGUGGACAGGGUGGAUGUGAUUGUUCUGGAGGAAGUUCUGGUGGAUCCCCUACCUUAGCCAGAAGUGACUCCUCUGCAAAUGGCUCAUCAUCUUCUGGAGGCAGCCAGUACGGUAGCCAAGAUUCAUAUUCCUCUGGAGCUAGCCAGUACGGUGGACACGGGCCAUCUUCUUAUGGAGGCAGCCAUUAUGGUGGACAAGGUUCACCUUCCUCAGGAGGCAGCCAGUACGGUGGACAGGGUUCACCUUCUUCAGGAGGCAGCCAGUAUGGAGGACAGGGUCCAUCUUUCUCAGGUGGCAGCCAUUAUGGAGGACAGGGUAUAGCCUCAGGAAGCAGCCAGUAUAGUGGACAGGGCUAUCCUUCAGGAAACAGACAGUCUGGUGGACAGGGUGGAUGUGUGUGCCCUGGUGGAAGUUCAGGCUCUUUUGGAGGAAACAGCUACCAUGGUGGUGGACAGGGUUCAUCUUAUUCUGGAAGCAGUCAGUAUGGUGGACAGGGCUCUUAUCCUUCUGGAGGCAGACAAUAUGGUAAACCAGGCGGCUUUGCCUCAGGAAAUACUUAUUCUGGGAAACCGAAUUCACCUUCCUCCGGUGGCAGUCAAGUGAGCUCUGCUGGGAAACACUCCACUCCCCAAUUCCUGCUGCUAUUCAGUGUUUUGAGUGCCUUUGCUCUCGCUGCUGCUACAUCAAAAUGGUCUAUAUGAACUUCUGAAGAGUUGCUUGGCAUCCUAGACAUGGAUUAUAUUUAGUAAUAUUAGAUUAAUUACUUAAUGUAAGGAAAAAAAAAUACCCUUAUUGGCAGAUGCUACUUGGCUGUUACGUUGUAUGUCUAGAUAGUAUGUCAUGCUUCUCAUUAGUUUACCUUUGGUUUUAGUCAUUAGUAGAUGUCAUUAGUUUUGUCAGUGUUUUAGGCAUCAUCUUAAGAGAGCAUAUUGUACCCUACCUAUAUGAUUUAUUUUUGGUUUUAUUUCCAAUGGGGAAUGUGAUGGACACCUACCUGAAUUCUGAUUGGUUCAACAAACAAAUACUUAGAAAAUACUUGGUUAUUAACCAAAGUGGAGGAGGUCAAACAAAUUGUAUAUGCAAACUGAGCACUGUGCCUGGUCAUCUUUGCAUAAAACAAGGCUAACAUAAACAUUUGAUAAGCAGCCCUCCAUGGGACAGAAGAAAAGAUGCUAAAAUAAUAUCAGAGUAUUGGUUUUAGUUUACUGUGAUCAAAUGCAAGUUCAAUAUGGAGGUUACAAAGCAAAAUAAAAUAUUCCAUGGGACUGAAAUUUUUGUGGAUUAAUUAAAACUUUGUUCAUUAGAGAAGCCAAACUGCUCCAAUCAAAGAAAUACUGAACUCUGUUCAAAGCGACUGCAGAUACCUAAAGUUCUGUAGAGAAGCACAUGAGGUAACACACCCCAGAUGAGGCAUAGUGUAAAAGCUGCUGAAAAACAACACAUUUUCCCCUGGGAAGGAAUGGAAAUUUAAUUAAAUUCAUAUAACUGAUAGUAUCUUGGCUCCUUUUCUUAAGUCUUUAGUCUAACCUGUGGUACCCAAUACACCUGCAAGUUUAAUUUCAAGAACAAUGCUGACGUCUUGCAAGCAGGUACAGUAGAUGCGGUCACAGAAAGACCAUGCCCCAUUUUUGAGUUCAGGAGCAGCUUCACAUCUUGCAGCAAACUCUUUGGGAGCUGCCAGAGCCACCAUCUCUUCAUGCAGUGACCAUUGCAAGUGGUGCUGUGUCCGUUCUCCAGCAGCGUUGGCCAUGGGCUGACCUCCCUUGGUGUUAACAAUGUGCAUUCUCCUCAUCAACGUCUCAUCGAACAUGUGCCUAGUGUUAGAACUGCAUUUAUUAGCAGUGUGCUUGUCUCCCAUGGUUUACAAUUGUAAUUGAUGAAAUAAAUGUCCAUUCACGUUCUGCUGCCAGUGUCAGCAGGGCCAGGAUUUCACCCAUUUUUCUCUCUCAUGUGACACACAGUGCAGGACAUAGGGUCCUUUGCCAACCAUCAGUAAAUCAACCGAAAUAUCUGAAGCUGUAAUUGAAGCAUAAAGGAGUUUUGCCUAAAUACGAUCUUCAAAAUUUGCCACGCAGUUUGUUUCUUUGGAAUGGUUCUCUGUGAGAGGUCCAUAUCUUAAUUCGAACUAGCCUUGCACAGCUCUAAUAAAUGUAUCACGGAUUUCAUA